AUGGAGCCAAGUAUCGGAACACUUGCAAAACUAUGGUUGGCGCAGGACAAAGACGAACAGACCAGAGCGGAGAUUGAGGCACUGGUUAAAAGCAACAGCAAUGAUGAGCUUGAGAAUCGGCUACGCAAGCGCAUUGCCUUUGGUACGGCGGGCUUACGAUCCUCGAUGAAGGCUGGAUUUGCUCACAUGAAUGCUCUUACUGUGCUACAAGCAUCUCAGGGCCUGGCAGACUACAUUCUGAGCCAGUCUGGAGCAGGAUCGGGCGAUGGAGCCCCAAGCAUCGUGAUUGGCUUCGACGCUCGACACAAUUCCGAGAAGUUCGCUCGUCUGGCCGCAGCUGCUUUCCUGGAGAAGGGUCUCAAAGUGCUGUGGUUCGGACAGCUGGUACACACCCCUAUGGUGCCCUUCUCUGUCAACAAGUAUGAAGCAGCUGCUGGUGUCAUGGUGACUGCAAGCCAUAAUCCGAAGAAUGACAAUGGCUACAAAGUAUACUGGAACAAUGGAAGCCAGAUCAUACCACCUCACGACAGUGGGAUCGCUGCGGCGAUCGACAAUGUCAGCGAAGUAUUGACGUGGGACACUACACUCGUGGACAAUCAUUCAAGCGUUCGGAAUGUUUUUGCAGAGGCUGCCAAGUCAUAUGUUAAUCAAGUCACGGAGCUCGUAUGGCCACUGCCCUCAGUGGAACAAGCGAUGCCUUUCACAUACACUGCCAUGCAUGGCGUGGGUCUGACUUGGAUGAAACAGAUCGCCUUCGCAUUGUGGUUUAGAGGACCCAAUAUGCGGGAGGUCAAAGAACAAGCGCAGCCCGACCCCGAAUUUCCAACUGUUCCGUUUCCAAAUCCCGAAGAAAAGGGAGCACUGGAUCUGGCAAUGAAGGAGGCCAACAAGAACAACACGGACAUCAUCAUUGCCAAUGAUCCAGAUGCAGACCGAUUCUCCGCUGCUCAGCGUCUUAGCAAGGGAGUUUACCACCAGUUCACCGGAAACCAACUUGGUAUACUGUUCGCAUCUCAUGUCUUCGAGACUUACACAGGUGACAAGAGCAAAUUGGCAAUGCUCGCCUCCACCGUGUCUUCCCGAAUGCUAUCCAGCAUGGCAUCAGCCGAAGGUUUUCACUUUCAGGAUACGCUGACCGGCUUCAAAUGGUUGGGCAAUGUGGCUCAAGACCUCAAGAAACAAGGCCUUGAUCCUGCUUUCGCCUUCGAGGAAGCAAUCGGAUUCAUGUUCCCGACUGUGGUGUGGGACAAGGACGGAAUCGCCGCGGCGGGCGUGUUCCUCACAGCCUGGCAACGUUGGAAGAAGCAAGGCAUGAGUCCGUGGCAGAAGCUCCAGCAACUGUACCAGACCUACGGCUACUUUGAAGACGCAAACACGUACCUCAUUUCUCCUUCCCCAGAUGUCACGAACCGAGCCUUCAAGGAUAUCAGAGUGUCCAAUAAAGGCUCGUGGCCCGACAAGAUCGGAGACAGAGCUAUUCUGCGGUGGCGCGACUUGACCAUUGGCUAUGACAGCGGCACGAAAGACCACAAGCCCAUCCUUCCCGUGGAUCCGACUGCACAGAUGAUCACCUGCGAGCUAGAGCAUGUAGUCUUCACAGUUCGAGGAUCGGGGACAGAGCCGAAGAUUAAACUCUACAUCGAAGCCAAGGCUUCCUCAUCGGAGGCAGCUAAAGCAGAGGCUAGUGCUGUGCUUCAGGAUCUCCUUGUGGAAUGGUUCAAACCAGAGUACGGUUUGAGGUUGGCAGGCACCUGA